AUGAAUAACAAACGAAAUGAGAGGGUCGAUUUCCUACUUAAUCACCCAGCUCCUACUCCACUAAACUUUUAUAUAAAGUUUGGAUUACGUAGCAAGCUAGCUGCCAACUCAGAAUAUAAAACACGAUUGAAGCAAGCGAUUGAAUCCCAUAUCGAAUUUCAUGCUCGGUUAGAUAACGAUCUUAAUGAUGGAUAUGAAAACGGAUCGUAUCAUGGAGAUGAAUCUGGACAAGAUAAUGGCGAUGAUGAUGAUAACUUCUUUCAUUUAUCUCCAGAGGAAGAGACGCAGGAAUACUACUCAAAGAUGCAUGAACAAAAAGUCAACUAUAAUGUCCAGUAUGUUUCUGUAAAUACAAUGGCUUUUCCGGCCUUGAAAGAAUAUUGUAAUAUAUUAGAGCAAUUGGAGAACCAUUAUAUUGAAGAAGAGUCUCAACGUGGAAGACACCUCUUCAAAUUACUUACUUGGUCAGUUGUAGACAGUAAAUUGUUCCCGACACAGGAUCCUAUAUGCUAUCCAGAUCUAUUAAGACCAACUGUAAAUUUUGGCAUUAUAGUUGCAGCUUUGAAAGAUACUCAACAUCAAAAACUACAUGAUGCUAUCCCAGUAUUAAAUAGAAUCAUAAAAGAAGGUAAAGUGGGAAUAGUGCAGUCAGGCAUUACAGGUACAAUACAACGUUGGUUGGGUUUAGAGCCUGCUAAUUUCGUUAUUGAUGCACCAACAGCUUUGUCUGCAUUGACAUCAGUCCUACUAUUCGUACCUUCACCAGUUCGCCCUGGUGCUGAUCCUUCCGAAAAUCAUUUUAAAUCUCAGUUUUGGACAAAAAUAUUAUCGGAUGCAUUUUCUCUUAAUGUCGAUCCUUUUGAGUCUACAUGGGAGCUCCAUCAUCAAAUUCCUGGUGAUAGUGGAAAGGGAUCGGCCAGAUCAGAUUUUACAUGUAUUGCUAUUUCUCUUAUCACAAUGGAGCAGUACCCUUUUUUUAUCUCGGAGUUUGAAGUUGGUGGUGUGCAGGUCCAUAAAGAUUAUGCUGUUGUUAUUGCUGAAGCGUCCCAUGCCCUAAACCGCAUACUUUCGACGCAUAUGUUUUCAGAAUCGGAAAUAUCCUUGAUCCGAGUGCAUGUUGCCUUAGUAAAUAAUGCUCAUAUACGUCUUGGAAUAUUAAGACCUCUCUACAGCCAGGAAUAUGAUACCACCAUAUAUAUUUAUGAUCAAGAUGUCAAGAGCUUUGACCUGCAAUCAGAUUGCAUUGGAACUAAUAUCGAGAACGUAUUCAAAUUAAUAGUUUACCUGAGGCAGGUUGUUUGUAAGGAUGGCCUGUACCUGAGAAAUCUUCUUGACGAAAGGGUUUCCCAAAAACGAAAAUUUGAUUUUGGAUUGCCAAGGCUUCCAUCGGAGGCAGAAAAAUCCAGAUUACUGAAGGUUAAUUUCACUCCAAAAGCAAAAAGAGUUAGAUAUAGUACUUGGGAUAAAGGAGAAAGUGCUCCAAGAAACGUAAAUCAACAAGUGAUCGAUGAAAUUGAUUCGUCAAUAACUGGUUCUUCGUCAAUGAAGAUCA